AUGACUCUCCUUAUCUCAACAGUCGCUAUUAUUUUCUUGGCCUCGAUUAUCUACCUCGGCCUUCCUCCCUACGCCUUCUCCGACUCCGACUCCGGCUCCGGGUCAUGUCCGUGUCAGCCACCCCGAGUGCCUCAGUAUUUCCAGACCUCACCGGAGCUAUGGCCCGGCGCUACUGCCACUGGCAAGCCAGCCUUCAUGGCUCAGACUCGUGUCUUUGAACCUACAGCUGCAGCCACCUUUGUACCGAAUGAUCCAUUACAGACCUCCAUCCCCAUUGAGGGUAUGACGGAAGGCAACAAAAGCAUUUUCAAAAUGAUGGGCCAUUUGAGUCCUUACUCCCCAUCUCCCGGCUUCGGCGUGGAUGAGUACCCUAUUCCCGAGGGUGCCGAAAUCGUUCAGAUUCAGAUGCUAUCACGCCAUGGCGCACGAUACCCAAACCCUGACUCCGAUGUGGCAGAGCUUGGUGGGCGCAUUGCCAAUGCCUCAGGCAAGUUUAAUACUAAGGGACCACUGGGGUUUCUCAUGGACUGGAAGUACGAACUUGGACAAGACAUUCUAGUUCCCAAGGGGCGCCAAGAGCUUUUCGACUCUGGUGUUCUACAUAGCUACAUGUAUGGCCGCCUGUACAACCCUCAUAGCAAGCUUAUUGUUAGAACUACGACUCGAGAUCGAAUGCUGAAAUCGGCCGAGAACUGGGUGGCCGGCUUUUUCGGUCUGGAAUGGACAAACAAUGCCACUAUCGAAGUAAUUAUAGAAGCUGUGGGCUUUAACAACUCACUUGCUGGAGACCUAAACUGCCCCAACACAGCCAAGGCCGAUUACAAGUCGCCGGUGGAAGCUUGGGUCAAGAUAUAUCUUCAAAAUGCGACCUCUCGGUUCAACAACAUGACUGAUGGAUUCAAAUGGACCCUGGCGGAUGUUUAUGCUGCCCAAAAGAUGUGUCCAUUAGAGACGGUUGCCUAUGGGUUCAGUAGGUUCUGUGAUCUAUUUACUUACGGAGAAUGGCAGAGCUUCAGCUACUCUAUCGAUCUCUCAUUCUCUUCUGGCGCAGCGUUCCAUAGUGCCACUGGCCGGGCCGUUGGCCUGGGCUACCAACAAGAGGUUAUUGCACGCCUCAAGAAUCACACACUAGGCUACUCUGGCUCUCAGAUCAAUACGACACUCGACGGCAUGAAGGAGACCUUCCCCUUGAAUCAGAGCCUUUACUUUGACUUCUCUCACGAUAAGGACAUCAUAUCCAUCUUGACGGCAUUUGGCUUCCGCCAGUUUGCAGAGAAGCUCCCCGCUGAUAAAUACCCUGGCGAUCACGAAUUUACCGUCUCACAUAUCACACCGUUCGGUGCUCGCCUAGAUAUCGAGAUCAUCAAGGCGCAUAAACCUAUCUCGCCUGCGAGAGACCGCUACCUUGAGGGCAAUGACACCAAGUAUAUCCACUUCGUCCUCAACCAGAGAACUAUCCCUCUGGGUAAGAGUUUCCCCGAGUGCGAUGUUAACCGCAAAGAUGGUUGGUGUGAACUAGAUACGUUCCUCAAAGUGCAGGAAGAAAUGGCAGAUAAAGCCAAGUUCGAUUACGCCUGCUUUGGGGACUAUCCAUCAUUACCAUAUGGCAAGGUAACAGACGGUGCUCCUCCGUCCUACUAUAUAUGCGAUACAAAUGUGGUAUAA